AUGAAAAAAACAUUUGUAAAGAUACUAUCUAAAUCAUAUGUUGAAGGAUAUCCAGUUGGUUUUUUUAUUGGAUUAAUCAUUUUGGCAAUAUUUGGUUCAAUGGUAUGCAUAUUUUCAUUUAUGCAUUAUAGUGAAGAAGAGAAUUCCAAUAUACAAAUGGAUUUAGAGAGAUCUUCAAAACAAAUCAUUCAUAAUAUUCAAAUGAAUGCAAUGUAUUUAUUAUCCUCAAUUGAUACUUUAAAGGCACUAUAUUAUGUAAAUCCAAAUUUCGAUAGAAAUGAUUUUAAUGUAUUUUUAAAUACGACAUUAAAGAAUUCAGAAUUUCAAUAUUUAUUUUGGAUAAAAAAGAUAAAUAAUAAUGAUAGGAAUUGCUUUGAAGAGAAAUUUUCAAAAGAAAUUAAAGAUACUUUUCAAAUUUAUUCUUUUGAUGAAAAUACAAAUUCAAUUCAUGUUGCAAAAAAUAAAUCCUCUUAUUUUCCAAUUUUACAUGCUUUUCCAGAUAUUAAUAAAGAUAUAAUUGGAUUAGAUAUUAAUUCAACAGAUUAUAUGAAUGAAACAAUAAAGAAAUCAAUAUUUAAUAAAAAACCAACAGUACAUUUAAAUAAAAAAGUAUUAUUAAGUAAAAGAAAUAUAGAUAUUUUAAUUGUAUCACCAAUAAUAGUGACAAAAACAUUGGAAUCAACAAAUGAAACUAUGGAAGAUAUGAGUCAUAUAUCAAGUGGGUUAUUCCUAAUGGAAAAGAAUGUUCAAGCAUCAAGAAUUGAAGUUGAGAAUGGUAAUGAUUUCACAAUAUUUCUUUCGACUACAAAUGGUGAAAUAGUUUAUCAAGAGAAUUAUUUAAACUUUAAAACCCUCUAUCAAGUUCAUGAAUCUGGUCUAUUUGAAGAUAGAUUAAAGUAUGAAUCAAGUUUAAAGAUUGCAGAUUGUGUAUUAAAAUUAUGGAUUUUUACAACGGAAGAGUAUGAAAAUAAUUCCAAAACCUACUUACCAUUACUUGUAUCAAUAAUAUCGGCGGUGAUUUUAGUGUUGUUAAUAACCUAUUCGGUGGAUCAAAGAAAACAGAAAUCUUUGAUUGCAAAGAUAAUGAGAGAAAAGAAUAAUUUAAUCAAUAAGAUUCUACCAUUGGAAGUUUCUGUUAAAUUAGAGAAUGGUGAAGAUGUCGUGGCGGAGCGUUCAAAUAAUGCUUGUGUCUUCUUUUUAGAUAUCGCUGGUUUCACAAGAUUCUCUUCAAUUCAUUCUCCGGAACAAGUUAUACAAGUUUUAAUUAAAAUUUUCAAUUCAAUGGAUUUACUUUGUGCAAAACAUGGUAUUGAAAAAAUUAAAACCAUAGGUGAUGCUUAUAUGGCCACUUGUGGUAUCUUUCCGAAAUGUGAUGAUAUUCGUCAUAAUACUUAUAAAAUGUUGGGUUUUGCAAUGGACGUUUUGGAAUUCAUACCAAAAGAGAUGUCCUUUCAUUUGGGUCUACAGGUUCGUGUAGGCAUUCAUUGUGGUCCAGUUAUAUCGGGUGUCAUUUCAGGUUAUGCAAAGCCACAUUUCGAUGUUUGGGGUGACACUGUCAAUGUCGCCUCUAGAAUGGAGUCUACGGGUAUAGCUGGUCAAAUCCAUGUUUCCGAUCGUGUCUAUCAAUUGGGUAAAGAGGAUUUCAAUUUCUCUGAACGUUGUGAUAUCAUUCAUGUCAAAGGUAAAGGUAGAAUGAAAACUUGGUAUCUCAUGGGUAAGAAAUCAAGUGAUUUCAGUUUGAAAAAGGAUUUCUCAAGAUCACGUGUUCAACCAUCUCUAUUCAAUCGUAAACAAUCCCAUGUUCAUUGUAUUUAUCCUGAAUUUCCAAGUGGUCUUCAAGCAUUAAACAUUGAAAACAAUCUAAACAAUACUGAUGCAGGUUGUGAAAAUUGUUCAAAAAUUUUAAAGAAAACUUAUGCUUACUCACCCGAUCAUUCAACUAGUAACUACUAUUAUCAUGGUGAUGAUAAUUCUCCACCACCACCAUCACUAAAUUCAAAUGAUCUAAUAGAUGGUAGUGAAUACCAUGAUGAUCCAUUUCCAAGUGAUUCAAAUGUUGGUUAUCAUGAUACUUCAAAAGAUAUUAAAGAAGAUGAAAAUGAACAAAAUGAAACUUUAUUAUUUAAUCAAGAACAAUUAAAAAAGAAACAAAUUGAAAAUAUUCAAAGAGAUUUAUCAUUAAAUGAUUCAAUUGAAGCAAUUAAAAUUUUAAAUAAUAAUAAUAAUAAUAAUAUAAAUGAUAAUAAUAUUAAUAAUACUAAUUUAAAUAAUAAUAAUAAUGAUAUUAAUAUAAAUAAUAGUGAUAAUGUUAAUAAUUAUGAAAAUAAUAAUAAUUUUUCUGAUAAAAUAGAAAAUAAUGAUGGUGAUAAUAAUAAUAUAAAUGAUAAUAAUUAUAAAUCAACAAAUGAAAAUAAUAUAAAAUCAAAAACUCUUUUUAAAGAUUCAAAAUCGCUUAUUAAUGAUAUUAAAAUGGCAAAAGAAAAUUGUGAUAAUAAUGAUGAUAAUAAUAAUAAUAAUAAUAAUAAUAAUAAUAAUAAUAAUAAUGACGAAAAUGUAGAAUCAAAAAAAAAUAAAUAA